GGGGGGGGUGUCGGGACAGAAGGACAUGCUUUCCACGUCUCCGGAGAACACUUGCAAAGAGGAGACGAACAUAGAAAGGCGAGGGUGAGCAGCAGCGACAGGAGGAAGGAAGGAAGGAAGGAAGGAAGGGUGGAAGGGAGGGAUCGUCUUAAAGAGUGCAACUUCGACUACUUGUAGAUGUUCGAUCAGGCCACGACUAUGGGCGAUGGGAACCACCGCUGUGGACCCAACCCGCUGUGUCCGGACCGGAUGGAGACAAAGUGCCGCGCCGAGAUAGGGAGCCGGUCCCCUGCUCAGAGCACCACCGACACCCCGGGGACAUCGGCGUCCACCCCGACGUCGUCCAGCGAAGACGGACACGACAAACUUUUGGGAGUGGACCCGGACUACUGCCGGAGGAUACUAGUGAGAGACGCCAAAGGCACCAUCCGGGAGAUCGUGCUGCCGAAGGGCCUCGACCUGGACCGGCCCAAGCGCACGCGGACCUCCUUCACCGCCGAGCAGCUGUACCGCCUCGAGCUGGAGUUCCAGCGGUGCCAGUACGUGGUGGGCCGCGAGCGCACCGAGCUCGCGAGGCAGCUGAACCUCUCCGAGACGCAGGUGAGUCCCUCGGCGAGGAGCGGGUUGAACUCAGACGUCUCGAACCCUUGAUGAAGGAAA